GUGAAAAUGGUUUCAACCUCUAUUUUUGGACGAAAAACCAGUUAUGCAAGAUGUGUGAUAGUGUUUCUUUACUUGUUUCUACUUCCACACAAAACUUAUUCACAACCUUGUUCUUCUUCCUGUGGAAAAACACGACCCAGACCACUGUGGCAACAAUUUGUACGAGUUGAAUUGUCUAAACAACGUUACAGUAUUGAAGCUGUAUGAUGCUGAAUAUUUUGUGCAAUCAAUCAAUUACAAGAAUUACACAAUACGAGUUGUUGACCCUAAUAUUCAACCCAACAAUUGCUCCUCUCUCCCUCGCUUCUUCAUAUACCGCACCAAUUUCACUUAUUAUGUUAACUCAGGAAGCUACACCGAGUUCAUUUACAAAGAAAAUAAUUCAUACCUAUACAGCUUAACUCGAUCGAAUUCACCUAUUUCCUCGGAUUUAUCUUGGCCUGUAAUUUACCUGAAGUGUACAAGUCCACCUAGUAAUGAUGUGAAUAUGUAUUAUGCGGAUACAGCUUCAUGCCUGGAUCAACAAACAUAUGUUAUUGUUGGGGAUCCACACUUUGGAAUAUUGCAGCCUCAAUGCCGUGUUGAGCUUGUUACUCUCACAUCCUCCUGGCGAGAUACACUACAUGCAUACGACAUUAAAGGUAACGUUUCGUAUAUUGAUAUUCACAAGGCGUUAAGCUAUGGAUUUGAAAUUUCUUCGAUGAAAGCCUCUUGUCCUUGUGAUCAAUGCUUCCUCAACGACACUAUUGGCGAGAUUCAAUGUUACGUUCCCGAUUGUCCUUUUGACUCUUGCGGAUAUUGGUCCUACAAGUCCCGCCUUCUAUUUGAUUAUGUCGCUGGCAUUUACGGAGGACUUCGAGAGUUGACAGGCAUGGAUAAGAUAAAUCAUCAAAUAUAUAAGUCAUAUAUUAACAUGUACAAAGCAGGAAUAGUUACAGGAAGGUAUGUUCUACCAUACCUUGCACCUAGAGUUAUAUUGGGCAUCAUAUUUUUCUCGACACUGUUGAUCUAUACAUAUCGGAGAAGACAUGCAUCGAUAUAUGAAAAUAUUGAAGAUUUUCUGCAAGGUAAUACUCUCAUGCCAAUAAGGUAUUCAUACAAAGAGAUAAAGCAGAUGACAAAAAAUUUCAAGGUAAAAUUGGGUGAAGGAGGUUAUGGAGAUGUGUAUAGAGGAAAUCUAAUAAGUGGGCCAUUUGUAGCCAUAAAGAUGUUGAAAAUUAAAUCGAAAACCAAUGGGCAAGAUUUCAUAAGUGAAGUUGCAACUAUAGGAAGAAUAUACCAUUCAAAUGUGGUAAGACUCAUCGGGUUUUGUGUCGAAGGAUCGAAACGUGCUCUUGUUUACGAGUACAUGCCCAAUGGCUCACUUGAUAAAUAUAUUUUCAACAAAGAGGGAGUUAUAUCUCUAACUAACGACCAAAUAUAUGAGAUAUCUCUUGGAGUGGCUCUUGGAAUUUCAUAUCUUCAUCAGGGUUGUGAUAUGCAAAUUUUGCAUUUUGAUAUUAAGCCUCACAACAUCCUUCUUGACGAAAAUUUCAUCCCUAAAGUUUCGGACUUUGGUCUUGCAAAGCUUUAUCCUAUUGACAAAAGCAUUGCCACUUUGAUGGCAGCAAGAGGAACAAUUGGUUACAUGGCUCCUGAACUGUUCUUCCAAAAUAUUGGGGGAAUAUCAUAUAAGGCUGAUGUGUAUAGCUUUGGUAUGCUUUUGAUUGAAAUUGCAAGUAGGAGAAGAAAUUUGAAUUCACAUGCUGAGCAUUCAAGUCAACUUUAUUUCCCCUUUUGGAUUUAUGAUCAAUUGGUUAAAAAUACGGUUAGAGAAAUGGAAGAUGUGAUUAUGGAGGAAAUUAAUGAUGUUUUGAAGAAAAUGUUCAUAGUUGCACUUUGGUGUAUACAGUUGAAACCCAUUGAUCGUCCUUCAAUGAACAAAGUAGUAGAGAUGCUUGAAGGGGAUAUUGAAAGUUUUGAAAUUCCUCCAAAACCAUUACUAUAUCCACAUGAAACAAUUCAAGAGAAUCUUGAUAGCAACUCAAAUGAAACUGAAUCAGAUUGGUCAAUCAGUUAUGUGGAGGAAAAAGUGAGCAAUCCUUUAUUGAAGUAAUUAUAUAUGUCGACGUUUGGAUUAUUUUGUUGUCUAAUGAAUUAUGGCCUAAUUUAUGCAUGUAGUGUUUGCUUUAUUUGUAAAAUAUGAAAUAUGAAUUUGUUACUUUAUUAC